AUGUCCAAGUUCAAGGAUAUCCAUGUGAUCGAUAUGGACACGAUCGACAUUUCGAACCUGAACCGACAAUUUCUCUUUCGAAAGUCAGACGUUGGCAAGUACAAGGCCGAAGUCGCAGCCAAGUUCGUCGAGCAGAGGGUCAAGGGUGUUAAGAUCACGGCGCACAACAAGCGGAUCCAAGACUUUGACGACGAGUUCUACAAGCAAUUCCAGCUCGUUAUCUGCGGCCUGGACAGCAUCGAGGCUCGGCGAUGGAUCAACGCCAUGCUGGUCUCCAUUGCGGAGGAGUCUGAGGAUCCCGAUGGGGUCAAGCCGCUUAUUGACGGCGGCACCGAGGGCUUCAAGGGCCAAGCCAGAGUCAUCUUCCCGUCCUUCACCUCGUGCAUAGAAUGCCAGUUGGACAUGCACGCCCCCCGAGCCGCUGUUCCGCUGUGCACCAUUGCCUCCAUCCCGAGACAGCCGGAGCACUGUAUCGAGUGGGCGCAUGUCAUUGCUUGGGAGCAGGAGAAGCCCUUCCCGAAGCUCGACAAGGACGAUCCCGAGCAUGUCACAUGGAUCUACCAGAAGGCCCUCAAACGCGCAGAGGAGUUCAACAUCCCGGGCAUCACGUAUUCGCUCACGCAGGGAACGAUCAAAAACAUCAUUCCCGCCAUUGCUUCAACUAACGCCAUCAUCGCCGCGGCGUGCUGUAAUGAGGCCUUCAAGAUUGCCACCACAACGGCAACGUGCCUGGGCUUUGAGAACAACUACAUGAUGUACUCUGGUAACGACAGCAUCUACACGUAUACGUUCAAGCACGAGAAGAAGGACGACUGCCCGGUCUGCGGGCGAGAAGCCCGGCCCCUGGAGGUUGACCCCAACAUGGCGCUGCAGGAUCUACUGGACUCGCUUGCCGUCCGCCCAGAGGCCCAGCUGAAGAAACCAUCCAUUCGGGCGGAGGGCAAGACACUGUACAUGCAAGUCCCGCAAAGCUUGGAGCAGCAAACGAGGCCCAACUUGAGCAAGUCUCUGAAGGACCUGGGGCUGGAGAAUGGUCAGGAGGUUGUGGUUACCGAUCCUGCGUUUCCCCUGGAGUUUAACUUCUACCUCAGGUUCAAAGCCGAAAGCUCCUAA